AUGCUUGUCGUCGGCCUCACAGGCGGUAUAGCCUCUGGCAAGUCCACCGCCUCCUACCUCAUCUCCUCUCACCCAGCCAAAAUACCCAUCAUCGACCUCGACGUUCUCGCCCGUGAAGUAGUCGCUCCUGGCCAACCAGCCCUUUCCGCUCUCCGCUCCACCUUCGGACCUACAGUCAUCAACAGUGAUGGAACACUCAACCGCGCCGAAUUGGGCCGACUUGCAUUCGCUACACCCGAGAAAACCAAAUUGCUCAACAAGAUCACUCACGGAGCCAUCCGCAAACGCAUGGUUUGGAAGCUUCUCACGUACUGGAUCCAGGGUAAGAAGGUGGUAGUAGUGGAUACGCCACUGCUUGUGGAAGCAGGGCUGUGGAGGUUCUGCGGCGAACUAGUGCUGGUGUACUGCAGAAAGGAAGAUCAGCUAACAAGGAUGCUGAAGAGGGAUGGCGAGAGUAAAGGGUUGACGGAGGAAGAUGCUAAGCAGAGGUUGGCAGCGCAAUUGCCGUUGGAUGACAAGCUGGUUUACGCGGAUACUGUGCUCGACAACUCCACCAAUCUCAGCAAGCGGGUUGCAGGAGAGGAUGCACUGCAAGCGCCAGAAUGGACAAGAGGGCUGGACAAGGAGACUUCGCUAGCGUUGCGAGUACAGGCGGAUAGGAUGGUCAACAGGUGGGUAGAUGCAUACAGUGGACCGAUUGGUGGACUGAGAUGGCUAGUACAGUGGCUCUUGCCGCCAGUCGGGCUGUUGGCGGGCACUUGGAGGGCGUGGAAGAGAACAAACGCUGUCAAGGCCAGGUUGAGGCAGGGGACAAAGCCGAGCUUGCCAAGUAGCAAGUUGUAG